GGUGAUUUUUUCACAAAAGCCACCAUCUCAAAAACAAUAAAGAAAAGAAACAAAACAAGAAACCAAAUUAAGAAAAGAAACCGAAACAAACAAAAGUUGAUAAUAAAACACAAAACCUUCUUUGUUGUGUUGACCAUUUCUUUACAAACCAUAUCUCAUCAUCUCUGCAAUAAAUUCUCAGCUCUCAACUUCUUCUCAUCAAAGCUUCAAAUUUCAGCAACAAUGGAAACUCCAGAACCAGAAGGUGAACUUCUCAAAAAGAUUGAAAGACUUGAAGCUGGUCAAGUUCAUCUCAAGCAAGAAAUGUCAAAGCUUAAGCUUUCUCAACGUAGAAGGUCUCAUUCAGUUUCACCACAACGUUCAAGAUUAGGUGCUUCUGUUUCUGCUUCUGGUUCUUCUUCUUCUUCUUCUUCUUCUUCUUCUGCUGCUGCAAAUAAGUAUAAUAAAGGCUCUUCUUCACCUCUUCAAAGAGAGAGUCGUUCAAGUCAUGAUCCUCUUCAUCAAAAUGGUGGCAAGUAUCUCAAUAUUUUGCAGUCAAUUGGUCAUUCUAUUCAUAUAUUGGAUCUUCAAUGUCGUAUUAUAUACUGGAACCCAAGUGCUGAAAAUUUGUAUGGUCAUACAGCAGAAGAAGUUCUUGGUCAUGAUGGGAUUGAGGUGCUUGUAGACCCUAGUGAAUUUGACUUAGCUAGUGAUAUAUUCAACCGUGUGAAAAUGGGAGAAAGUUGGACUGGUCAAUUUCCUGUUAAGAAUAAGAUGGGGGAUAAGUUUGUAGUUGUUGCAACCAAUACACCUUUCUAUGAUGAUGAUGGAAGCUUGAUUGGUGUUAUUUGUGUCUCGAGUGAUUCAAGACCUUUCCUUGAAAAUAUAGUUCCUUUUUCAGUUGGAAAGAAUGAAGAAAAGGAUUCAGGUGUUAAUUUUCCUAGAAUUGCCAUUACAAAUAAGCUCGGUCUUGAUCCUCAACAGCCACUUCAAAAUGCUCUAGCAUCGAAAAUCUCAAAUUUGGCUUCAAAGGUGAGUAACAAAGUCAAAUCUAAAAUCCGGACGCGAGAAAAUGGUGUCGGUAGAGAAGGAGGGAGUGGAGAAAGUCAUCAUUCCGAGCAUGGUUUCUCGGAUUAUGGUCAUGCUGACCAGAGAGAGGAUGGUGGUAAUUCCAGUGGAGCUAGCACACCCGCAGGAGAGGUGCCUCCGACUCCUUUUGGUUCAUUUACUCAUGUCGAAGAGAGAUCCCAAGGGAAAACUACGAGGAACUCUAGCGAUGAGAGUGAAGAAAAACCUAUACACAAAAUCAUAACUUCUAAGGCUGAAGCAUGGAUUCAAAAGAAAACUAUGUCAUGGCCAUGGAAAGCAAAUGAUCGAGAAGAAUCCGAGUCAAAGAACGUUCGUGUUUCUUGGCCUUGGUUGCAGGGUGAUCAAGAAAAAGAGUCAACUAAUCAGAAGAAUCUGUCGUCUGGAUUGAAGCAGCCCGAAAGCCGGGCUGCUGAAAGUUAUCAACAUGUUCCAAAUGAGGCUUCAGGAGGAUCCUGGUCCUCCUUCAAUGUUAACAGCACAAGUAGUACCAGCAGUUGCGGGAGUGGCAGCGGUAGCAGUUCUGCUGCUAAUAAUAGAGUGGAUGUUGAUUCUGAUUGUUUAGAUUACGAAAUUUUGUGGGAGGACCUUACAAUUGGAGAGUCUAUUGGACAAGGUUCUUGUGGAACUGUAUACCAUGCUCUGUGGUAUGGAUCGGAUGUUGCUGUAAAGGUUUUCUCAAAGCAAGAAUAUUCAGAAGAUUUAAUACAGUCCUUCAGACAAGAGGUGUCUCUCAUGAAAAGACUUCGCCAUCCAAAUAUUCUACUUUUUAUGGGCGCAGUAACUUCACCUCAGCGUCUAGGCAUUGUAACAGAGUUUCUACCACGCGGAAGCUUAUUUCGUUUGCUUCAGAGAAACACGUCCAAACCUGAUUGGAGACGGAGAGUUCACAUGGCUGUAGAUAUUGCACGAGGUGUAAAUUAUCUUCAUCAUUGCAACCCCCCUAUCAUCCAUCGAGAUUUGAAGACUUCGAAUCUUCUAGUUGAUAAGAAUUGGACUGUAAAGGUCGGUGAUUUUGGUCUUUCACGCAUCAAACAUGAAACCUAUCUCGAGACUAAAACUGGAAAAGGCACGCCUCAAUGGAUGGCACCAGAAGUUCUUCGUAACGAACCCUCCAAUGAGAAGUCCGAUGUUUACAGCUUUGGAGUGAUUAUGUGGGAACUUGCAACUGAAAAAAUCCCUUGGGAUACUCUGAAUGCAAUGCAGGUUAUCGGAGCUGUAGGGUUUAUGAACCACCGCCUAGAAAUUCCGGAAGAUAUUGAUCCACAGUGGGCUUCUAUAAUCGAGAGUUGUUGGCAUACUGAUCCGGCUAGCCGACCAACAUUCCAAGAACUGCUGGAAAGGCUUAAAGAACUUCAGCGACGCUACGCCAUUCAGUUCCAAGCAGCCAGAUCUGCUGUUGGGGAAAACACUCAAAGGAAUCCUAGCUGAUCCAUUUGUGAGAAUUGUUUCUUUUUUGUCACUCGCGGCGGCUGAUGCAUAAGGAUUCUUUUGCACAUAUCUUACAAAAUCAUUCCUCAUGAGUAGAUGAGUUGAUACAAACAAAUGGUCUUGGAUCCGCACAGCAUUAGUGGUUUGAAUUCAUGUUCAGCGACAUUUGCUCCGAUAUCAUACAAGGGGGAUAAGAGAAUGGAAAAAUGGUGGAAAAAGGUUGCAAAAAACACUAGUGUAGUUAUUUUGUGGUACAAUGGAAGAUUUUAAACUAUAGUGCUGCUACAUGUUUGGAGUCUUGUGAAUGAGUUUCUAUUGUAAUGUAAUUUUAUAUGGAAAAUGUUUGUACCACUUUUAAUUGUACAGAAGGUAGAAGAAAAAAAGUAAAGAAAACAAAAGAGCUUUUAUUUUACUACAUAGAAAUGCCACUUUAUAGUUCAACUA